AUGAUUGUAUGUGAUACAUGGUAUAAAUUUCUGGAAUCUACGAAAUGUAUGGAAAUGGUGAAGUUUAUAUAUUUAUUUAUUUUUUUUGCUUUAUUUGUAAUGAGUAACAAGAAGCUGAAAAUCCAGGAUCAGAAGCAUCAGUACUUUUAUUCUAUUUCCCCUCCCGUUGCAGAAAAAAUCCUGAGCCCUCAGUCAUCUUCGUUGCCACUCUGUAACCAAAGGUUGUUCCUUUUCUCUGAAUUCUGGCAGCCGACACAAAAAAAUAGCUGGUUUCUUAAAUGCAAAAUUUGUCCGAAUUGA